AUGCUGUGCCACGGCGUGAUGGACUGCAUGAUGGACGCCCCCGAGGGGCUCCUCCCGUGCACUGCCGGCGGCGGGGAUCCGCGCUGGGGCGCCCGCGGCGGGCGGGAGGCGCGCAGCGAUCAGGUGGGCCUGGCGGACGAGAAGGAGUGGAAGCGCCUGUGGCGCAUCAUGCGCCUCAGUGACGGCAGGGCGGCGCACGAGGACGUGGACAUGGACGAUGCCCCCCUGGAGCCCUGCGCGGAGGCCGCCCAGGCGGGAGGUGGGCGGAGUGGGGGGGGAGGGACGAAGGGUGGGAGGUUCAGGGGCCGCGCUUCCCAGUCCGACGUGCGGCUGUCGGACGGACGUGGCUAG